AAAACACCUACCCCCUUAAAAUAAGAUAAAACAAACACCGGUGUCACCUUUAACUUAACGUCUCCUUGUAUCCCUGAAACAAAUAAGGAAGCAUAUUUGUCUCCGUCCACAGUUGUAGUAAUGAGUUGGCUGCUUGCAUCACUGUGCGGUGGUGACGUGUGGCGUCUGGGAGCUGUCCCAGGAAUCAUGGUGCUGAAGCUGCAGCACCAGUUCAGCAGCCAAUGAUCACAGGAGAAUCCGGGGCUACGGAUGCUUUCACCCGGAGCAGGACAGUCCGACCAUCGCGUUGGAUUUAAACGGACGGAUUUAAACCCUCCUGCUUGCUUGGAAAUUCGAUAAUUAGGGAUGUAAACCUCACUGAGACUUGCCAGCGACCUGCAGUCUGGCUGAAAAUCUAUGGGGGGAAAAAAAAUCCCGAAACUGUGAGUCGUGUAGAAAUCGGUGUAGCUCGCCAGGUAAGACAGAUUUUUUCGCUUCCCUAACAUGGCACGCCAUCGAUCGACUUAACGUGGUGUGAAAAGCUUACAGGACGUCGACAGCUCCACCGGUUUUAAAGCGUGGCUUUCGUUGUUGUGGCUGGAUUUUAUUUUUAAUUUCUAAUUUUAAGAUUGAGCGCUGACAUUUUGUUCUCUAUCUCAGUUCUUUGAACCAAAGGCAGAUUUAAAUCUUGGUCUCUGCACACGUCGCGAAUCCGGAGGGAGAAGCCCGUCGAGAUAGUUUAUGUUGUAGAGAACAGGCAGACUAUUAAGGCCAUGAAAUGACAGUGGACACUGAGUGAGCGGGCCAUAACCUUAUUACUUGAAUGCAUAUUCCUAUCAGUCUCAUAUUUGACUUUCCUCUAAUAGCCGUUUCAUUCAUUGAACUUAGGCUAAUGGCUUCAGACACUUGUUUGCAUAGGAGGGAUUAUUUUGCAUUUUAUAUCCACACCCUCGUGGGAAGACAAUAAAAAGCACCCAACCUAAAUAAAGUGGAUUUAAAAAGAAAAGAAAAAAUCUUAAAAGGCUGCUUUGAAACCAAACAAGCGCUGGAAGACGCACCUCAGCCCCCACUAUCCCAUCCCACCACAUAUGAAGAAGUGUUUGCUUAUGACGGGGACGCAUAGAGUACAUACUGUUUUCUUCCAGCACCUUUGGAUGGUACUGUGAGUUUCUGGCCGGAGACAGCCUGAUGCUGCGCAGACAGGGCAUGCUGAAGAGCCGCUGUUGCGUCCUGCUUGGUGACCUGAGGGUGCUCCUGCUCGGGCCACCGGCGCCGCCGACACCGCUUCCUCCGCUGACCCCCAUGAGCGGCCAGGCUUCGGAAAGCCAUGAAACAAGCGUCACCGUCCCCGAGAACAACAACACGUUAACGCGGAGCCACCAGCACCCCGGGGACCGAACUGCCCAGCCUGCUGCGGGAGCCACCGAGCCACCGGGUGCAGAGCGGCCGGUGGCGGGCUGGGUCGAUGCUGCAGAGCUGUCGGCGGCCCUGCGCGGCUGCAGCAGCUCCUCCGAUGACUGCUCAAAGGGCAAACUGGAGGAGAGGUUCUCUCUCACAAGCUACACGGAAAGUGGCUUCAGGACGCCUGUGUGCAGGAUCUGCUUCCAGGGACCAGAGCAUGGGGAGCUCCUGAGCCCAUGCCGGUGCAGCGGGUCAGUGCGCUGCACUCACCAGCCCUGCCUCAUCAAAUGGAUCAGUGAGAGAGGCUCCUGGGCCUGUGAACUCUGCUACUACAAAUAUCAGGUCAUUGCCAUCAGCACCAAGAACCCCCUACAGUGGCAGGCUAUCUCUCUGACAGUGAUAGAGAAGGUGCAGAUAGCAGCAGCUAUCUUGGGCUCCCUCUUCCUGAUGGCCAGCAUCUCUUGGCUGGUGUGGUCGUCUUUUAGCCCGUCAGCCCGCUGGCAGCGUCAAGAUCUGCUUUUCCAGAUCUGCUACGGCAUGUACGGCUUCAUGGAUGUCGUCUGCAUCGCACUAAUUGUCCACGAGGGACCUUCUGUGUUUCGCAUCUUCCACCGCUGGCAGGCCGUGAACCAGCAGUGGAAGGUUCUGAACUAUGAUAAAUCGAUGGACAGCGACGACCUGAAGGACACUACUGUAGACAGGACUCUAUCUCAGCCCACCCAGGGCUACCAGACUGGGAUAGGAGUAUCCACCUCCACCUCCUCGCUGAUGGUGGUGGCCUCCACUGCCGCCGGCUCCACCUCCACGACCGUGGUGACGGCCGCCGGAGGAGUGGGAACACACGUGGACCCCAACAGCGGCAGCGCAGUGCCAGACCAACACUGUCCAUACAACAUCCUCCACCUGCUCAGCCACCUGAGGCAGCCGGAGGCCCGCAGCCAACCCAGCAAUAGCACAAGAGAGCUGGUCAUGAGGGUUACUACAGUUUGAAGAGUCAGUUGAGGCCUUAUCUCACACGAGGGGGAGAGAUUUUUGAACCAGCUGACAGCUGAAGAAAAGAUCCUGUCUUAACUGCACUGGAUUAAUAUCAACACAAUCUUGUUUGUUUGAAACUGCAUCUCUGAUGUCCUUACAUUGAUUGAAUAAAAGUCAAAGUUGUUUGAUUUGCAGAAUCGGUUGGAAAAUGGUUAUUUUGACAGAUACGUUCAAAAAUAUGUGCUUGAAUUGUUAAUCUGUAGGGAAACCACGUACUGUGGUUUUUAUACUUUUUUCUUAACAGCAGCUAUAAUUUCUUAUUGGCAACCUGUCAAGCAUCUCCAAAACGGCAGCAACCAAAAGAAAAAGAAGGUUAACGGGUAGUGUGUUCACAGUGGGUGGGUUUUUUGAGUAUGCUGUACACUCUGCAAUCAUCUUCCACAUGUAGGUCUGUAUUGCUCAUGAGUCAAAAUAGGACACCAAUCUACCUUGUGAUGAGGUGGUUGCCCAGUGAAUGCCAUUCACAUUCAGUGACCUAUUGCAACCAGUUGUGGAAACCAGAGGUUAAGCAUGCAACACCCUCAAACUCUGUGCACAGUUGUCCACCAGGCUAAAUGUGGGUGAUUGCACAGGUUUCCUGGUGGACACUUGUGGCAACUUGUCUCCAAACAAUUGCAGUUCAGCUCGGACCAACUGCAUUUGCAAUUAUCUGACUAUUUGUAGAGGAAUUUCUUAGUUUCAGAUCUGUGAGAUUCUAGCAGGGCUCUGAAUAUAAGUAGUUAAUCUGAUUUUCUUUGUAGACAACAACAGAUUUGUAAUUUUACUUUUUUGUUGUUUUGAGUGUGAUUUUUUCCUUUACUAGAUAGUACAGUGAAGCAAGGAGCAAGAGUAGAGGAAGACGUGCAGCAAAGGACCUCAGGAUAGCCUUGCAGGACAUGGUCACUUGCUCAAUCUGUAAAUUAAACCAACACCACAUUUUAUGAUUUUCACUGAUUCGUCACAGUUAGUUGCUGUAUUAUCACAAAGAGUAUGCAUGUAAUUACCAACCUUUGCAUACUGACUCUGUCUUCUUGCCAUUUCAUCACUUUUUUUUCACUGUCUGGUUGCUCCAAAGAGGCAACUGUCUGUGAGCAGCCACAGACCUGGUCCUCAUCUUUGAAGCAAGCUUUUCAAAGGCUCCUACACUGGUUUCCCUACUGUGACUGCAGAUUGAAUUUAGAUUUUAUUUAACCAAAGAAAAUAUUUUGAAUGUUCAGAUCUGCAUCCAAAUCUUAAAGUACUCAAAUUCAGAUAUGGAGUAGUUCAAAAGGAAUCGGUACAUCACUCCAUGGUGUCCUUUUCUUCCAUACAUCACACUAAGAUCACAUUUAACCAAUGAAGAAAAGCAAAAGUUUUGAUCUAUAGUCUGUUUAGGAACAACACAUAGACUGAGACUUCAUAACAUGCCGCGCAGCAGCUUAGUCAGUGUUUUAAGAAUAUCAUAUGUAUUCUGCGUGAUCUGCAACAGUCAUAAAAGUGAGGGAAUCACAUUUCUAAAUCUCAUAUGCAGGUCUAACCUACUUAUGUCAUAAACCAUCAUGUUUGUAACACUACAGAGAGAUGCUAGUGUUGAAUUUAGACUUCUUCGUCCAUGUUGUGUGAUCAGAGAGAAUAUUACAGUAAUAUUACAGUAGGUGCGAUGUGCACAUCGCUAUGUGGCCUGAUGUAAAUCACAGGCAAGAUAUAGUGCAGUAAACAAGUUGCCUAAAUCCAUUUGUAAACAUUUUUUCAGGGUUUUUCCCCCCACUACAUCAAAGAAGGCUUGAUGGAUUUUGGGGCUUUUUUUUUAAGAAAACAAAAACAGCUUUUUUUUCUUAGUAAUGUCUUUGAUGGGCAUUUCGUCUGUCACUUUCAAUGUGAUUUUUGUUGAUUGCAGGAAGGGUAUUUUUUGCAGCAUAGUUUGCCAGGAUGGAUAAAAUGGGGGCAUGUGGCUGAACAAUAGAAGAAAUCUCUUUUAAAGGAAGUCACCAGCUAGUUUGUUUAAUUGCUUCAGCCAGUGUCUGUAUUCACAGAAACGCGUUUCUGCUACAAAGCAGUGGUGUCACUUACAGUCCAUUAGGCCCACAUUCAGGCUCACAUUCGGCUCACAAAGCCGGUAAUUUCCUCCGUCUCCCGGCUCUCGGAUUCUGAUGUGCUCUUUGAUAUUUCUUUCCAGGUCUUGUUUCAUGUCCAUGAAAGAUCAGUUUUUAUCUCAGGGGGCAAUGCUAAAUCAUGUUGUAGGAGGGGAGAAACACUGUUAAAAACAUCUUCAUAGCAGGGGGUGAUGGAGGUUGGGAAGGGAACAUCCCCCCCCCCACAAGAAAAGACACAAGACCACGAGAUACUACACAGUGAAGACGCUGUGCUUUAUUGCACAAUUUCUGAUUUGGAUGAAAACAACAAUUUUUAAAAAAUGGAUGCUAAUUUUAUCCAUUAGAAGCAAAACCCGAAAGCAGAUCAUAGUGUGAAGCAUUUCUCAGGAGCUCUGCCUCUGGUGCCUUUCAGCAUUUUCCAACAUGAUUUACAUUAAAUCACGCCAUUAGCUUUAAAGCGCAUCAAAUAGAAAAGAUAUUUAAAUGAUGCUGGUGCUUAAUGUCAAGCACUCUGUUCUUGCAAGUCUUUGCAGGGAAUCAGUGCCAUAAUUUAAACCUGCCAUAUCAAUAUAUAUCCCUGUUUGCUUUGAUAUUUGCAUCUUCACAAACUCAACUUUCUGCUUCCUCUUUAGCCUUUCGUAUUUUAUCAAUUAACCUCCACUGUGCUGGAUCUGCUGUUUCACCAUCCCCUCCUCGUAAUUAAAUACAGGAGUACAGUAUAUGCAGAGAAUCAGGUAGCGUCGUGAUUUUCUGCUGAAUUAUUUAAGCCGUGAAGCGCUGAUAUCAAUGGGUGGGAGCGGCUGUAUAGAAACCACUUGCAAGGAGCUGGGAGGUUGCACAGAGUUCACCGUGAUUCUGCUCGUCUCCGUUCUCUUCACACCUUGUCUCUUUGAAUUCACAGAUGCGCAGACCUAGCUUUGAUAUGACACAAGGGAAAAAAAACAACCAGAUGCAUAGGAUUUUAAAAAAAUAUUCUUUAGAUAUAAAAUGAUGCUUCAUAUUUAAAUUCAUUUCAUAUAUUUGCUUCGGGGUCAUCUCACUUACUUUUAAUGGAUUGUUUACAGUAUAAAUAUCUCUGCUCUUAAGUGCAUCUCCUUAAACAUGCAAAACACUUGCGAGGUUGCUUCAAGCCCCUUUUCCAUUAUGGUUCUCGGGUUUCAAUAGUCCCUGUAUACCCUGCACACUGCUUUCCCAGUACACAUAAUUGCAUUUUGCUAUUUGUAUGCUACAAAUGAGUCCAAACUGAAACUAAGGCUGAACUGCUGAAAUCGUGAAAAACUCAAUUAUGCUGCAUCUAUCAGAUUUUCAAUCCAAUUUGAAAGCCCCCAGUACUUGUGCUAUUUGAGGAGACUUGAAGGUGCGAAAUAUCAGCAGGGCUGCCGUUCUUCUGGUUGGUGAUGAUGUUCAUUUCCAGAACACUGACCCAGAACUAUUUUUGCAGACUGUAAGUGUUUAAAAACAUAUUCUGGUGCACUUGCAAAGGUUCGGCGUCCUAUGAACCUUUUGAAACUGAAUAAAUUGCAUACAGCUAAUGUGCUAUUCAUGCGAGUUGUCUGAAGUCUGAAUCACUCGGGAAGAAAGCCCUGCAUUCACUGCAACUUCUUCUGAUCCUGAAAAUGAAAAGAAGCAUUUUGAAUAGCUGGGUUUUUCUUUUUGUCAGGUGAGAUGAAAUGAUGGGUAUUAUUGGGAAGCCCUAGAAGCAGCAGCGGUCAGCAACAAAUUGCAGGAGAGCAGCUUUCACAGUUCUAGACACAUUCUUCUUGUUUUUCAAUGCAAUGAUACGCUUUACACCUGUCCUCCGUCGACUUAUUCGUGUUCAGAUUUAGAGGCUGGUGGAGGCUGAUAAGGCAUUCGCUGAGAGAUUUUCAGAAAAAAAACUCAGACAUAUAGUCAAUUUAUAGUUAUAGUUCAGAGCACACUUGCACACAAAGGAAGAAACUCCAAACAGGAAACCAAGAGCUGAGAGUCACACCGAGGAUAGUUACUGUGAAAUGUCAGAAAUACUACUCCAGGGCCAUGCACUUUAACUAUGUUAAAAAACACACACACAUAAAAAGAUUAUUGCUUUAUCUUCAAUCUUCCAUUAUGUUUAAAUAGACUUUUACAAGAGUGGAACCAAUUGAAAAGAUGAAAGCCGUUCUGUACUUUACUUGUCAGAAAUCAUCAUCUUGCAAUAGGAAAGAUUAGCAGUGACAUGCGUUCCCCUCUCGGCGGCUAAUGGGCAGACUGCUUCUGACGACUUGUAGAGCCUUUUACUGAACAUCCAGUGUGAUGUUUUUACCAAAGUGGCAAAAUAUGAUUUAUGGACAGAGAUUUGAACCUUCAGCAUUGACGUGUGUGACGCAAUCAGCGCUGUCGGCUGUAACACAUGUUGUGAUCACGCUACACAGUUUCUGAACUCACUAGUGCUGAUGACUCAGGAUGUAAUCCCUUCCACAGAACAACUGCUUUCUCCUUAUAGAAUCUCACUAGACUUUAAGAGUUAAAUGACAUAUCCAUAGCUUUAAUAUAGUAGACUUUGCAGUCUCUGAAUGGCAUUGCUGGGAUUUUUAAAAUAUUAAAGGCAUAAUUUAUUCAAGCUCAACACUUAACCACAAGAAGUUUGAUAACUUGAAGCUUAAAUGAAGUUAAAAAGCACAAAUACAGCACACAUAAUAUCCACACCAAAAACCACUGUUGUCUUUUAAGUUAAAAGAAAAGACACUUCACCCGUUGCCUACUGGUGGUGGUCAGAGGGCCCGGUGGCGCCAGUGUCCGGCAGCCUCGCCUCUGUCAGUGC